UUGGGUUUCUCUUCCUCGCGUUAUCCUCACCCCCGUUUUUAUAUAAACCCUACUCUCCCUCUGCUCGUCUCUAGUAGUCAAAUUUUCACAAUUCAGACGCCAAUUGGUCCAAUUCUCUCUCAAUUUCUCCGAUUUCGUUCUGUCUGAUUGCUUUCCGAAACCCUAAUCCCCAAUUCGAAGGUUUCCCCUCGCGGAUCUCCCUCCAAUUGGCUCCACUUUCACCCUCUGCAAGUGCAACCGCUAAAAAUGGAAAUUUUAGUCCAUUGAAAAUGGAACAUUAGGGUUAGGUCGUCAGUGGGUGGGUGUGUGUGUUUUGCGUCGUUGUGGUGACGGUGUUUGGUGGCCAUGGCUGCUUUGCAGAGAGUGGCGCAGUCAAGCGUGAGCACUACUGCGAGUAGUUAUGGUUCGUGUAAAGCCAGUGGUGGUGUUUUGUCACCGUCUGCCGGCAUUGAAAUGGCAGUCCCCGAUCAGUUUCCGGUGGGCUUGAGGGUUCUAGUGGUGGACGAUGACACCACGUGCUUGAGGAUUCUUGAGCUGAUGCUCCUCCGGUGUCUGUACCAGGUUACCACUUGUUCCGAGGCUACUGUUGCUUUGAAUCUUCUACGAGAGAGAAAAGACUGUUUUGAUGUCGUACUGAGUGAUGUCCAUAUGCCUGAUAUGGAUGGAUUUAAACUCCUGGAACACGUUGGACUGGAAAUGGACCUUCCUGUUAUCAUGAUGUCUGCUGAUGGGAGAACAAGUGUUGUUAUGAGAGGAAUUAGACAUGGGGCCUGUGAUUUUUUAAUUAAGCCUAUAAGUGAGGCAGAACUCAAGAAUAUUUGGCAGCAUGUUAUUAGGAAAAAAUGGAAUGGGAGUAAAGAACUUGAACAUUCUGGGAGCUUGGAAGAUAAUGAUCCACAUAAACAAGGAAACAAUGAUUUUGAAUACACAUCUUCUGUUAACGAAGGAACAGAAGUUUCAUUGAAAGGUCAUAAGAAGAGGAUCAACGCUAAAGAAGAUGAUGAUGGUGAUACAGAAAACGAUGAUUUGUCUACAUCGAAGAAACCUCGUGUAGUAUGGUCAGUUGAACUCCAUCAGCAAUUUGUCACUGCUGUGAACCAGCUUGGCCUUGAUAAGGCUGUACCAAAGAGAAUUCUUGAAUUGAUGAAUGUACCCGGUUUAACUCGAGAAAAUGUUGCUAGCCAUUUGCAGAAAUUCAGGUUAUAUUUGAAGAGAUUAAGUGGAGUAGCUCAACAACAAAGUGGGAUUGCAAAUCCUUUUUGUGGGCCCAUGGACUCAAAUGGGAAGUUGGGUUCGCUUAGUAGAUUUGACUUCCAAGCUUUGGCUGCCUCUGGACAAAUUCCUCCGCAAACACUAGCCGCCCUGCAAGCUGAGCUUUUAGGUCAACCUGCAGGGAACCUUGUGCCAGCAAUGGAUCAGCCUGCACUUCUACAGGCAUCCCUACAAGCACCCAAGCGCCCCCCUGUUGAACAUGGUGUGCCAUUCAUGCAGCCUUUUGCAAAAAGCCAAUCAAACGUUUCCAAACAUUUUCCACAAUCCGUCAUUUCUGCUGAGGAUGCUUCUCUGGGAUUUGGACAAUGGAGGUCUAAUAGUUGUAGUGCAGUGGCACCCAGCAAUGAUCAUGGAGGGUUGAGUACUCAGAAUAGUAACUUGUUGAUGGGCAUUGUGCAGCAGGAGCAAAGACAACAUAAAAGAACGCAGCAGCAGCCUGUGCUAACCGAACCUAGCCGUACGUUUAAUGUGCAGCCAUCUUGCCUUGUGGUCCCCUCUCAAUCAUCAACUGGUUUCCAGGCUGGAAAUAGUCCUGCUUCUGUUAAUCAGAGUAGUAGCUUUAACAGGUCAACUGUUAUUGAUUACAGUCUGCUUUCAGAUCAAUCUAAUAAUUCCUUGAGUGUUGGACAUAUACCGACUGGAAAUCUUAAAACUAGUGUCACUCUUGGUGGGUACUCUGGCCCUGGUUCUAUUUGUGCCACGUCUUGCUUAGUUAAUGCUGUCAAUAGCACCAGUUACCAGAACUCAACUGCGACAUUGAGUGAUUCCAGAGAGUUGCCGGGGUCUUUGCAUAAUACGGCAAACAGCCAGGGUUUUUAUGUUGAUAAGUCAGGGGAAAUGCUUGAUCAGGGACCCCUUAGGAGUCUUGGAUUUGUUGGUAAAGAGACUUGCAUUCCAAGUCGAUUUGCAGUGGAUGAUUUUGAAUCGCAAAUGAGCAACUUGAACCCUGGAAGGAUCCAUGUGGAGAGCAGUGGUACCCUAGUCAAGCAGGAGCCAAGUGAGGAUUAUGUGUAUAACGCAAAACUAGGUAUCCCAAUAUUACACCAAUAUUCUUCAAGUGAUUUCAUGAGUCCUUUCGCUGAUUAGGCUUUCAUUUUCAAGUCUCUUGAUUUCCAUGACGCGUACAGAUUAUUUCACACUAUCAAAAUGUUCAGUAGAGAUUGCAGUUGAAGUAUGUGUAUUAUAUUCCUAUGAUUAGAUCCAAUAUAUGUGCCUGCACCGGACUCAGAUGCAGAGCGGCCUCUUGCAUCCGAGACUCGAAAAAUUGAGGACAAAUGUGGGGGGCAGGUUCACUUUCAUUCAGUUUAGUGUUAAUAUUGGUCCGGAGGCAAAUACAUUGUGUUUAAGACUCCAGCAGCUUGGCAUCUUGCCCGACAUAGUUUUGUAGUUAAUUGGAUCAGGUUAUGUUGGAAUAUGACUCGCAAGUCAUGAAUUUGUAGUAUAUAUUUACUUAUCUAUAAAUUGCCCAAUCUUGUAAAUGUAGUUUGGUUCAAACAUUUUCAGCUUA